UGUAAGUUGUAACCUGAAGGCUAAAACUUGAGAUUCGUCUAACUGAACUAGUGCCGCUCUGGUGGUGGUUCUGCUGUAAAUUCAACUCCAGUCCCAGAACCCUCGAAAAACCUCUGUGUUCGAUAUUUAUAAUUUUUCUAGGGUUUCAGACCCCUUUUUUUGGGCGCGUAAAGAACAUGAAGAAUCUCAAGCUAUCAUCGGAGAUUUCAGUGAGCUUGGAGCUUCUAUCAGAAGGCGAAGAACUACUGUUUUCCGCCAUUGAUAUUGAAAGAAAUCGCUUUUUUUUCGCUUCUUCGUCAAAAUUUAUCUACUCUGCUCAAUUUCCAUCCCACCAAAAUGCCAAAACACAGAGUGGAACCAUUUUGUCAGCAGAAGUUCAGCCACUUGAUUUGGAAGUUGAUGAUAUUAUCACCUCUUUUGAUUAUCUGUUGGAGAAGGAGUCAUUGAUUAUUGGGACAUCCAGUGGGCUCCUAUUGCUGCAUUCGGUGGAUUGCAAUGCAACAGAAGUAGUUGGCAGAGUUGAUGGUGGCGUGAAAUGCAUUUCUCCAAGUCCAGAUGGAGAUCUUCUUGCAGUAACCACCGGUCUGGGCCAGCUGUUGGUUAUGACUCAUGAUUGGGAUGUGCUGUAUGAAACAGUGUUCGAGGACCAUCCGGAAGAUGUUGACGUAAGUGAGACAACAAAUUCUUCUAAUUAUUCUCAUGGAAAUCCCAUUUCUUGGCGUGGUGAUGGGAAGUAUUUUGCUACAUUGAACAAAACAGAAAACUCGAGGAAGAUUAAGGUUUGGGAACGUGAUUCUGGAUUGCUGCAUUCCUCUUCGGAUCCAAAGCCUUUUAGUUCAGAAACGUUAGAAUGGAUGCCUAGUGGAGCAAAAAUUGCAACAGUGUAUGAUAGGAGAAAUGAGAACCUUUGUCCAUAUGUAGCCUUUUUUGAGAGGAACGGAUUGGAGAGAAGCUCAUUUAGCAUUAAUGAACCAUCAGAUGCCGCAGUUGAAGUUUUGAAGUGGAAUUGCAGCUCUGAUCUUCUUUGUGUCCUUGUUAGAUGUGAUAGAUAUUACUCUUUGAAGAUUUGGUCCUUCAGCAACAACCAUUGGUAUCUGAAACAAGAAAUCAGAUACUCAAGGCAGGAAAGACUGCGGCCAAUGUGGGACCCAACAAAGCCAUUACAGUUAAUCUGCUGGACUUCCACGGGUCACAUUUCUGUUUACAAUUUUAUAUGGGUUACUGCUGUCAUGGAAAAUUCAGUGGCAUUAGUCAUCGAUGACUCUAGUAUACUUGUGACCCCUCUUUCCCUCACUUUGAUUCCUCCACCCAUGUUCUCGUUCAAACUAAAGUUUUCAAGUGCUGUAAGAGAAAUGUCAUUUUAUUCUACUGACUCAAAGAAUCAAUUAGCUGCCUUUUUGUCAGAUGGAAGCUUCUGUAUUGUGGAGCUUCCUCUUCUUUCCUCUUGGGAAGAUCUAGAAGGGAAAGAAUUUUCUAUAGAAGCUUCAGUUUGUGAAAUAGCAAUUGGAUCUCUAUUGCAUCUUCAGUGGCUAGACUCUCAUAUACUUCUGGGUGCCUCUCAUUUUGGUUUCAAUAAUGAGAGAGGUUUGUCACAAGCUGCAUCAACAAAGAACGACCAUCUGGGUUAUCAUUUGAUGGAAUUCAGGGUUCUUUGUUCUGAAAAUCAUGUUCCAGAUUCAGUUACUUGUUCAAGCUGGAGUGUGAAAGUUUCCAACCAAAUCUUUGUAGAAAAGCUGGUAAUUAAUAUUGCAUCUAAUGCUGCUAAACGAGGUUCAGCAUUUGUUCAGUUUAAUGGAGGAGAAGUUUUUGAGUAUGUGUCUCAGGCAAGCAUGUCCCAAUCAGCUUCUGCUCUAAACUUUGAGAAAUAUAAUGCGGUGGCUCUCUCAUCAUCAUGCCCUUGGAUGACUGUGGCUUAUGUAACUAGUGGCGAGAAACUGAGGCCUUUGCUAUUUGGGCUUAAUGAGCAUGGUGUGCUUCACGUAGACGGGGGAAUAUUAUGCAACAAUUGCAGCACCUUUUCUAUUUACUCUAAUUCUUCUGAUCGAAUCGUUACUCACUUGAUUAUUGCAACAAAACAGGAUUUGCUUUACAUUGUUGACAUCUCUGAUGUUUUGGAUGGGAAUGCUCUAGCAAAAUAUGAAAACUUCAUGCAUAUUGCCAGGAAAAGAAGGGAAGAGGAAUCUAGAAAUUAUAUAAACAUAUGGGAAAGGGGUGCUAGAAUCAUUGGCGUCCUUCAUGGAGAUGAAGCUGCUGUUAUACUUCAAACAAUUAGAGGGAACUUAGAAUGCAUCUACCCAAGAAAGUUGGUUCUGACCUCGAUAACUAAUGCACUGUUACAAAAGCGAUUUAGAGAUGCUUUACUUAUGGUCAGGCGGCAGAGGAUAGAUUUUAAUAUUAUUGUCGACCACUGUGGUUGGCAAGCCUUCCUCACAUCUGCUUCUGACUUUGUGAGACAGGUAAAGAAUUUGAACUAUAUUACUGAGUUUGUUUGUGCCAUAAAGAAUGAGAAUACCACCGUGAAGCUGUACAAGAACUACAUCUCAUUUCCUUCUGUUGAUGUGGAACAUAUGCAUAUUGGAUUUUUGGAAUCUUUUGAUUCUAAGAGCAAGGUUUCUUGUGUCCUAUUGGCCAUUAGAAAGGCCCUCGAGGAAGAGAUACCUGAAAGUCCUUCCAGGGAACUUUGUAUCUUGACCACUCUUGCAAGAAGUGAUCCUCCAGCACUUGAGGAAGCUCUGGCCAGAAUAAAAGUUACUAGGGAAAUGGAACUAUCUGGUUCUGAUGACCAAAGAAAAACGUCUUAUCCAUCUGCUGAAGAGGCUCUCAAACAUCUGUUGUGGUUAUCCGAUGCUGAUGCUGUGUUUGAAGCUGCAUUAGGCCUGUAUGAUUUGAACCUUGCAGCUAUUGUGGCAUUGAAUGCUCAGAGGGACCCAAAGGAAUUUCUUCCUUUUCUCCAAGAACUAGAACGAAUGCCAACUCUUCUGAUGCAGUACAGGGUUGACCUUCGGCUGCAGAGAUAUGAGAAGGCUCUUAAGCAUAUUGUUUCUGCAGGAGAGGCCUAUCAUUCAGAUUGUAUGGCUCUUUUGAAUGAUCAACCUCAGUUGUUUCCUCUUGGACUUCAGCUGUUUACUGACCCUUCAAAAAGAAGUCAGGUUUAUGAGGCUUGGGGUGAUCAUCUUGUGAACGAGAAAUCCUUCGAGGAAGCUGCGAUGACAUUUUCCUGCUGCUUCUCUCUGGAAAAAGCUCUCAAGGCUUAUCGUGCUUGUGGUAAUUGGGGUGGAGUACUGACUGUUGCUGCUCUUCUUAAACUUGAUAAAGAAGAAGUUUUGAGGUUGGCGCAUGAGCUUUGUGAAGAACUCCAAGCGGUUGGAAAACCGGGGGAAGCUGCCAAAAUUGCUUUAGAAUACUGCAGGGAUGUAAAUUCUGCAAUCAGUUUGCUAAUAAGCGCUAGGGAAUGGGAGGAGGCUCUAAGGAUUGCAUUUAUGCACAGAAAUGAUGAUCUAAUCACGGAAGUGAAAAAUGCAUCUGCAGAAUGUGCUGGCAUCUUGGUCAGCGAGUAUGAGGAGGGGAUAGAGAAAAUUGGGAAGUAUCUUACACGCUUUUUGGCCGUCCGUCAACGAAGAUUAUUGCUUGCAGCAAAGUUACGAUCUGAGGAGCACUCCUUGAAUGACAUGGAUGAUGAUACCGUAUCAGAAGCUAGCAGUAAUUUCAGUGGCAUGAGUGCUUAUACUACAGGGACGAGAAAGGGUUCUACUGCUUCUGUCACAUCCAGUACUCCUAGCAGGGCAAGAGAAAACAGGCGUAAGAAAAAUAAAGGAAAGAUUCGUGCCGGCAGCCCUGAUGAGGAACUCGCUCUGGUAGAGCAUCUCAAAGGUAUGGCUAUGACCUCCGGUGCCAGGCGUGAGCUGAAAUCUCUGCUGUCAACCCUUUUGAUGCUUGGCAUGGAAGAAACUGCAAGGAAGCUGCAGCAUAUUGGCGAAACAUUUCAGCUUUCUCAUGUGGCAGCUGUCAAGUUGGCUGAGGAUGCAACAUCUACAGACAUUGUAGAUGACCAGAGAUAUGCUUUGGAUCACUAUAUAAAGAUUGUGAAAAGCGAAGAGUGCAAUUCAGAAGCUUUUGCAUGGCGCUCCAAAAUUUUGAUUUUGCCGUAACAGGCAACUGUCAGUGCUUAGUUUAAGAUGAUAAACUACUGCAAGCUUGUUCGUACAUGAUCGGUGAUGAAGGGAUUGAAGACAGUUCAUUUUAGAGGUAGGAACCCACAAUGAUAAGUCUCGAUGCAUGUAUUCUGGAUAAUGCUGAUCCUAGUUUGUGUAGUAGCCAAAAUAAUAUAAGAGAGAUAUAUUAUUCGGUUUUGGACGAAAAUUACUCGAGAAUAUGAAUUAUAUAAUCUUUUUCCUUGA